CGCGGCUCAGAGCCACUGUUUGAGACGGAAGGCAGCAGUGUCUCUCCACUUUCUGCGAACCUUAAGAACAACUUAAGAAAAAGGCCGGUGAGAUCAGAAGGAUGUCGGGGUUUCUGGACGGGAUCAGAUGUGGUGAUUGUGAGUGUAACGUGGACUGGGGUGAGAAGAGAAACACCAUCGCCUCCAUCGCAGCUGGAGUUCUGUUUUUCACCGGCUGGUGGAUCAUCAUCGAUGCAGCGAUUAUGUACCCUAAAGAGGAACAGUUCCAUCACGCAUACCAUACCUGCGGAGUUAUAGCAACUAUAGCCUUCCUCAUGAUCAAUGCAGUGUCGAAUGGGCAGGUGAGGGGAGACAGCUACAGCGAGGGUUGCUUAGGCCAGACAGGUGCCAGAGUUUGGCUCUUUAUUGGGUUCAUGUUGGCGUUCGGGUCUCUAAUCGCCUCUAUGUGGAUUUUGUUUGGAGGGUUUGUUGUGUCUGACCAAAAGGAGCUUCCAGUGUAUCCUGGUAUUGCUGUUUUCUUUCAAAAUGCAUUCAUCUUUUUUGGUGGUCUGGUGUUUAAGUUUGGCCGCACUGAGGAUCUCUGGCAGUGAAGAUCCACUUCAUCCAAUCACAUCCCACAGUCCACACCCAACUCCUCUGUUCUCUGACUUAAUGCUGCUUAUUUGCACUCUCUCUCAUUCUCUUUCUCUAUCAGACUCUCCUUUUUAUAGGUCUCAGUUGAAACCCGUUCUUAAAUAUGCUAAAUGUUUGUUUUUUUUUCUUCAAUUUUUCAGUGUUGCUAUUUUAAUGCAUGGGAGUUUUUUUUGUUUAGUUUUUUUUUACUAAACUACCAAAUUUGUAUCUGUAUCUUUAAGUUUAGGCUUUCAUUCAUGUAUCAAUGUGCAGAUUUGAGAAAGCACUCCUGUCAAAUUUGCCAAAUGUUUCAAUCUUUGUUAAACUGACAUCACCACAGAGCGGCACUAAGUUUGUUGUACAUCCCACUUUUUAUUGUUUUCCAUCUUUCCCAGGCCUGGAAAUCACAGUUUUAAAGGUGAAGUGUUUCUGUACAAUUAGUAUAACCAAUCAAAAUUGUAAUCUGCUUAGAUGAGCGGCCCAAUAGGGUAGGGCACAACUACAUUGGCUCAUUCAAUGGCAUGAGUUUGAUACGGGACUACCAGUUUUGCCAGCCUAUGUCAGACAGGGGAAAUGUUUGAAACUUUUUUGCCGUUGUGUUUGAUGCUGCAGAAAUUACAUUCGUCACCUUUAAAAUUUCGUGAUAUUUUCCAGGUUGGCCAUGUUUGUGGGAACUGUGGUGAUAUAUUUUGUGUUUUGGAGUUUUAAGUUUGGGCAUGUGGAAAUUUGGAAAUGUCAAUGUUCAAAAAAGCACAAUUUCUUAUUAUUUCAUUGGUUAUGGGAGAAUAAAGUAACAUCAGUCAGAGAAGUAGACUUGUCUGUCAGUGCUAAUAAAUUAGAGGUUUCAUGAUUUCUACAUAUUUAAAGAAUGUAACAUUUUAUUGUAAUCCAUGUCUAUAUUUUCGACAAAAUGUAGCUAAACUUUAUCCAACUGUGGGCUUAAAACAAAUAAAAUUGUUGUAAAUA